UCUCCUCUCUCUCUCUCUCUCUCUCUCUCCCCCCUCUUUCCUUGUAGUUGCACAAAGACCACUAGUCUUCUGGUCCUCUUGAACAUCCGGUGAAGGCUAUAAUUGUACUCUACAAAGUUGUUCUUCUUCCAUUCGUGGCAAAGACUCCCCAACUCCCAAAACUUUCCAAAGAUAAAAAGGCUCUCACCACUGCUACUGCCAGUAAUAUCUGAACUUGAGAGAGAGAGACCCUUUGCUAUAGGAAUGCCGCAAGUGCCUAAACUCAAAGAUGGAAGCACAAAAUACUCAACAUGCACAGGUUAUUGAGAUCCAUCAAGAUGUUCAUGAUGGUGAGACAAGUAAUGGUGGGAGUAAGAUUUGUGGGGAAGCACCAUGUGGACUCGCGGAUGUUGGAUCCAACUCUAAAGAUGCCAAAGAACGAUCAGCUUCCAUGCGCAAACUCUUAAUAGCAGUGGUACUGUGUGUUCUGUUCAUGGCUGUUGAGGUAGUUGGUGGCAUUGAAGCCAAUAGUUUAGCAAUAUUGACAGAUGCAGCACAUUUGCUUUCGGACGUUGCAGCAUUUGCCAUCUCCUUGUUCUCUCUGUGGGCGGCUAGCUGGGAAGCCACUCCCCGCCAGUCUUACGGGUUUUUUAGGAUUGAAAUUCUCGGUGCCCUGGUAUCCAUCCAACUCAUAUGGUUGCUUGCAGGGAUAUUGGUAUAUGAAGCCAUAGUUAGAAUGAUACAUAACACAAGCGAGGUGAAUGGAUUUCUAAUGUUUCUUGUUGCCGCAUUUGGUCUAGUGGUUAAUAUAGUUAUGGCCAUACUAUUAGGUCAUGAUCAUGGACAUGGACAUGGACAUGAUGGACAUGAUCACGGUGGUCAUAGUCAUGGAAUGACUGUUUCUUCUCAUCAUGAUCAUCACGAUCAUGCUCUCGAGAAACACUUGCAUGAUCAUGAUCAUGAUGAGCACCUUCAUGAAGAUGAUCAUAAACACCAUCACGCCGACAAAGAUCAUGCUGAGCCACUGUUGGAUAAGCCAAAACAUGGACAAGGAGAGAAGAAUCAACGGAACAUAAAUCUACAGGGAGCUUAUCUCCAUGUGCUUGGAGACUCCAUUCAAAGUAUCGGGGUAAUGAUUGGAGGGGCAAUCAUAUGGGUUAAGCCGGAGUGGAAGAUAGUCGAUUUAAUCUGCACCCUAAUCUUUUCAGUCAUUGUUUUGGGGACAACUAUCAAUAUGAUGCGGAACAUUCUUGAUGUCCUGAUGGAGAGCACUCCGAGAGAGAUUGAUGCGUCGAAACUUGAAACAGGACUGUUGGAGAUGGACGAAGUGGUGGCUGUCCACGAGCUACAUAUAUGGGCUAUCACAGUGGGGAAAAUCCUGCUGGCUUGCCAUGUGAAAGUUAGACCAGAAGCAAAUGCAGACAUGGUGCUGGACAACGUAGUAGCAUAUAUCAGAAGGGAGUAUAACAUCAGCCAUGUCACGAUACAAAUCGAGCGUUAGCGGGCUUUCUAAAAGGUAAGAUGAUGUAGGAGGAAGAACUGAUUAUGUAUAUGGCCGGAUAUACUCUUCUUAAAAUGGUUUAAAUUUUUAACAUCAAGAUUGUGGUAUUUAGGCAGGACAUUGCUUUCAGUUCCUCCCUUUUAUUUAGAAAGAUGUAUGUUUGGUGCUAAGCAGUUUAUAGUUUUUGGAUUGACGGUGUAGAUUCAAUAAAUUGUUUGGUUUCUUGAGCA